CCGGGAGCGAGAGAAGCGAAAUGACAUUUCCUCUUUAAAUAGCUGGAGCCGGGCGCCGUAGAGAAAUGGCCGCGUCGGCAGAUUUAAGUAAGCCUUCCCCAACACCGAAUGGGAUUCCAUCUUCAGACACAGCCAAUGAUGCCAUGGACCCCUUCCAUGCGUGCAGUAUUCUUAAGCAACUCAAAACAAUGUACGAUGAAGGACAGUUGACAGACAUUGUAGUGGAAGUGGAUCACGGGAAAACAUUUUCCUGUCAUAGAAACGUUCUUGCUGCAAUCAGCCCUUACUUCAGAUCCAUGUUCACUAGCGGCCUUACAGAAAGUACUCAAAAAGAAGUUCGAAUAGUUGGUGUUGAAGCUGAAUCCAUGGAUUUGGUGUUGAACUAUGCCUACACCUCCAGAGUUGUUCUGACAGAGGCCAAUGUUCAAGCCUUGUUCACUGCAGCUAGCAUCUUCCAGAUUCCUUCCAUCCAAGACCAAUGUGCUAAGUAUAUGAUCAGUCAUUUGGACCCACAGAAUUCUAUUGGGGUCUUCAUCUUUGCUGAUCAUUAUGGUCAUCAGGAACUCGGAGAUCGAUCAAAAGAAUACAUUCGUAAGAAGUUUUUGUGUGUCACCAAAGAACAAGAGUUUCUCCAGCUGACAAAAGACCAACUGAUAAGUAUACUGGACAGUGAUGAUUUAAACGUAGACCGAGAAGAGCAUGUUUAUGAAAGCAUCGUAAGGUGGUUUGAACAUGAACAGAAUGAAAGAGAAGUGCACCUUCCAGAAAUUUUUGCCAAAUGCAUACGUUUUCCUCUGAUGGAGGAUGCCUUUAUAGAGAAAAUUCCACCUCAGUUUGCACAGGCUAUAGCCAAAAGUUAUGUAGAAAAGGGCCCAUCCAGUACCAACGGCUGCACACAGAGACUUGGAAUGACUGCCUCCGAAAUGAUCAUAUGUUUUGAUGCUGCCCACAAACACUCAGGAAAGAAGCAAACAGUGCCUUGUCUAGAUAUAGUCACAGGAAGAGUGUUUAAACUAUGCAAACCACCAAAUGAUCUAAGAGAAGUGGGGAUUCUCGUAUCACCAGACAAUGACAUUUACAUUGCAGGAGGGUAUAGGCCCAGCAGCAGUGAGGUUUCCAUCGACCAUAAGGCCGAAAAUGAUUUCUGGAUGUAUGACCAUUCCACCAACAGGUGGCUCUCCAAACCCCCACUGCUGCGAGCAAGAAUAGGCUGCAAACUGGUGUAUUGCUGUGGUAAGAUGUAUGCGAUUGGAGGUCGUGUUUACGAAGGUGACGGGAGAAACUCACUAAAAUCCGUGGAGUGCUACGACAGCAGAGAGAAUUGUUGGACCAGCGUUUGCGCAAUGCCUGUUGCCAUGGAGUUUCAUAACGCUGUGGAGUACAAAGAGAAGAUCUAUGUCUUACAGGGAGAAUUUUUCCUCUUCUAUGAGCCUCAAAAAGACUACUGGGGUUUUUUAACCCCCAUGACUGUGCCUAGAAUCCAGGGCUUAGCAGCUGUAUACAAGGACUCUAUCUACUACAUAGCUGGAACCUGUGGAAAUCAUCAGCGUAUGUUCACUGUAGAAGCCUAUGAUAUUGAGCUCAAUAAAUGGACUCGGAAGAAGGACUUUCCAUGUGAUGAGUCCAUAAAUCCGUACCUUAAACUGGUAAUUUUCCAGAAUAAACUCCAUUUGUUUGUUCGAGCUACUCAAGUGACCGUUGAAGAACAUGUCUUCAGAACCAGCAGGAAAAAUUCCCUUUACCAAUAUGAUGACAUCACUGACCAGUGGAUGAAAGUGUACGAGACCCCAGAUCGGCUCUGGGACCUUGGCCGGCAUUUUGAAUGUGCUGUUGCUAAACUCUAUCCUCAGUGUCUUCAGAAAGUACUUUAAUGAGUGGCAGGCCUAAGGGAGCUCACUGGCAUCUUGGGCUUGGGGAAACAAUGACACAGGAAGUGCUGUCAGUAUUUAGGAAGCAGAGAGAGUUUAUACAUGGCAAUGGGUGCUCUUAAAGAUUAUGGUGUAGGAGGGAUUUCUUUUUCCCCUUGUGAUGUUUUCAUUUCAUUAAGCAACAGGUAACAAAGUGCAAUUAUCAGCAUUUGUUUUUCUGGUAUAAAAGUAAUCCUUUUCAUUCUAAAAUUUUGUGAUAAUUCAUCACUGAGCUACCAGACAAAUCAACAACUAUGCACUCUUAAGAGCAGUUAGGGUAUUAUUGGUUAGAGACAUCCAAUCUAGUUUGAUGUGACUUUUUCUUUUAAAUACGGGUAAAAAUUUGAGGCAAUAUCAUUAGGACUUUAGCUGUGACCUCUCCAACACAGAGAAGCACUAACUUACACCCUCAUUCUUAAUAUAUACAUAUAUACACACAUUUGUGUACUGUUUUCAAGUGUUCUGAGAUUUAAAUGUGUUAUUAGAGUAGGUUGAAGGAAAAGAAAUACGUCGUAGAGAGAGCUUUUAGUCUGAUUGUUUCCUGUUUCCCAUGUAAGUUUAAGUUAAGCUGAAGUUUUAAAGUAGUUUUUUUGUUGAUAACUUUUUCAAGUGCUCACACUGUCUCAUUAUUUACAAAUCCCGAAAAGGGCUUCAAUUCACAGGUGGCUGGUGCUAGUAUAAGUGAAUUCAUGUGUAUAGCUAGAUAGGUUUAAAUUGUCUGAGCCUAUGCUUACUUUUCAAAGUGGUAUGUUAGUUUUGUGGCAUCGUACUUUACCUGUUGAACUCUUGUGAUUUCACAGGAUUCUCUACCUACAUGAUAGCAAGAUAUCUAACUGGACUCAGAAGAGUGAGAACAUUACACUCAGUUUGCACUAACACAGGCCAUUCGGUUGCCUGACCUCCUUUUCCAUCCUCUGCCCAUCCCUUCAUUGUCGGUACAGUGAAAGUUAACUUAUUUCUCUUCUGCACAGAGCAUAAUGUGAAGUUUUACACCUGCUUUUACAUUUUUGUUUUCCAGAAACAUGAAACUCCUGCAGUGGUCUAAUUUAAUGGCUUUUAAGUUACAUAGGACCAUUAAAACCUCACUUUUUUUUUUUUCAAUUUUUGCACUUAACAGUAAUGUGUAUUUUUACAUUGCAAUCCUUGUUCCAGCUGAAAGUGAUUGAGAAGGAAAAGGGUGAGUGAGUAGAACCAUAGCAUUAUAGGUACUAAAUCACUUUUCAUAUUGAAUGGAUGGAUUUCUAACAGUCAGUUAGUUAUUAACAUAAAGGACAAACCAACUCACUUGUAAUACCUAAGGCGGAUAUUUGGAACGGUAACUUGUUUUUCACUAUGCCUAGAAUCAUUGAUAAAGGGUAGACGAUAGCCCAGAGUCUGUCCUCAAGUAGAACAUUUUGAUUCUCUUAAGGAAAACAAACUGGCAUGGUUUGUAUUAGAAACUCUUGCACAAAUUGUCAUGUGAUACUGUGAAACAAAUUUAAAACAUUGCCUCUUUGCCUCACAUACCUCGUUUUUCAGAAACUUUCCAAACAGCUUGUCCUUGACCUCUACAAGUGAGGAACGUUUUCUGAAGCAGAAUUUAAAGUGGACAGCAUUUAUAGAAUUAACAUUUUAAAAUCUAGCCUUGGGGAAGUUGGAUAUGUGGUUUCUUAUUGGCCUUGAUAGUAUAUCUAUAAUCUCUUUAUAAACUUUGUCAACCACUUGUUUUUCUCUAGUUUUUCUUCUGUUUUCCUUUAUCUACAUGCUGUUUUGGGGCUUUUGCUGUGAGUGUUUUGAAGCAUCUUUACAGUGUUGCAUCGCAGAGGGGAGGACAACACAAAAAUCCCUAACUUUUGCAAGAGAUGUUCAUAUAAUUUAUUUUUGAAAGCUUUGUUGAAUACCUUAAGAUUUCCUGCCGCUUCUUGACAAUCUUCUGUAUUUAUUUAGAAAAAUGUGUUACUUGAAAACACAACAUAGAACAGUGUGUUAACAAUUUACAUGUGCUGUGUGACGUAUAGGGUACAACAUGCUGUUGUCACUUCUGCAGUAGAUUUAUUCUGUUCAUCUGCACAACAGUUGAUCCUUUGCUAUAACAAUUUAUAUUGGGGGUGUGAUCUAAGUUUAGUGUGUCAAAGCUGAGCUUUAGAAUUUGCUAUGGAAAUAGAAUAUAUAUUGAAUUUUGUACUAAGAACUAUUUGUUUAAAUUAUAUAACGGGGAUAUUUUGCCACUUUUAAAAUGAUUUCAGAACAGGUCCUAGAAAACUAAGAUUAGGAAUUUGUGUGGGUAUGUGUUUAGAUAUUUAAGGUACAUUUGCAUAGUAUGAUGAGAAUAAAAGUAAAGGGCACAAUGGGGACUACAAAAUUAAAAUAUAGGCUAACAUAUGCCAGUCCCACUUGAACUUCGUUUUUGCAUUUGAAGAAUGUAUGUAGCACUUUCCUAUGUAUUUUUUACACAUUGGAAACUGGACUUGGUGUAAUGAUGUUAUAGGAAAGUAGAAAUUGUAUUCUUUAUUUUCCGCCUUUGUUUCCUGUUAUCCUACAAAGAUGAUGCUUAAGCAUCAGGCUGAGUUCAUGGGUGCAUGGGGAGAAGAGGGUGUACUCUGCAAGGAAUCAGAUCCCCUCUGUGAAGCAGUUUAAAAUGGCAUUCAAUGUUCAGUGCUCAGGUAUGUAGUAAGUACUGUAGUCCUUUGCGGGCAAAUGUGUAGAUAUUUUUAAACAUUUUGCCAUAAUUGCACAAUUUUUUGCAUUUUUACCUGAUGGCAUUGUUUCUUAUAAUAAAACAUUUUCUGAUUAAAAACUACCAUUGUUGUAACUUGACCUCUGACUAGAGAGUUCUACAGAAUUAAAAUUUGGCGAGAAACAUGCAACACCUUCUGUCAUAGUGGAAUGAAAAAAGAUUUUAAUCUCUCAAAUAUUUAGCAUCUGAGACAAAAUGAACUAGUUAAUAUCACCUCAUAUAAUGCUCUUGAAACUCCAAAGCAAGCUUGCUUAUGCCAGUAAUUCCUUGGAUGCAUUUGUUCUGACCUCAACUUUUGUUAUUCCUCUCCUCUGUCACACACCUCACAUUCAGUUCAUCAGAAAAUUCUGCCACCUCUUCCUUUAAAACAUACCUAGACUCUGGGGCACCUGCCUGACUCAGUUGCUUAAGCAUCUGACUUUGGCUUAUGACUUUGGUCAUGAUUUCAUGG